AUGCCUGAUCUACCUACAUUCCGGUUGGAAAGGUCUCCCACUCCGCCAGGAGAAGCACCUCACAGGAUUACCAUCCUCUCCCGGAACAACCCAAUUGAUCCAAUGGCUCCACAGAAUGGGAACAAUGGCCAGCAGAACGGCCAGCAGCAAGGCCAGCAGCAAGGGCAGCAGAACGGCCAGCAGCAAGGCCAGCAGCAAGGCCAGCAGAACGGCCAGCAGCAAGGCCAGCAGAACGGCCAGCAGCAAGGCCAGCAGAACGGCCAGCAGCAAGGCCAGCAGAACGGCCAGCAGCAAGGCCAGCAGCAAGGCCAGCAGCAAGGCCAGCAGAAUGGCCAGCAGCAAGGCCAGCAGAAUGGGCAGCAGAACGGCCAGCAGAAUGGGCAGCAGAAUGACCAACAAGGUCAACAAGGACAACAAAACCAAGGCCAGCAGCAAGGUCAGGACCAAGGCCAGCAGCAAGGCCAACAAGGUCAACAAGGGCAACAAAAACAAGGCCAGCAGCAAGGUCAGGACCAAGGUCAGGACCAAGGCCAGCAGCAAGGCCAGCAAGGCCAGCAAGGUCAAGGUCAACAAGAUCAAGGUCAACAAAACCAAGGACAGCAGGGGCAAGGGAACAACCAGAAUGGGCAGCAAUCUGGGCACGACAACAAUGACAAUAAUAACAAUAACGAUAACAACCGUGGAGGAGAUCGCAAUGGACAUCAAUCUGGCGACAACAAUCGGGACCAGCAUCGUGAUGGCAAUAACCGUAGUGGUGGCGGAGAGUCAGGCCUGUCCACUUCAACUUCAGUCAUCAUCGCAUCGUCAGUAAGCGUCGUCAGCACAUUACUUCUGGUCAUACUUGCAAUCUGGCUCUGGAGAAGACGGCAGAAGAAGCGAAAGUGGUCCAACCUCACGGGAUCCAACAGUAAAGGAUUCCACGAGAAGCGGCCAAUCUCCCAGCCUACGGACAGACGACCGAUCUCACCACCUGCGGACAGACCGCCGAUACCACCGUCUCUCGCUAUAAGUACACCCGUCACCGCGCUGCCCAAAUACACUCCGCCAGAGGAACCCUCGCCCGUAUCUCCCGUAUCUCCCGAACCUCCAGCACGCAACUCAUGCUACGGCUUUGCCAAAUCAAAACCAGUCCCAAGGAACAAGUCCGGUUCUCCAGGCGAAAGACGAGCGGCCAGUAUAGCUUGGAAGUCCUCAAACCCUCCCUACGUCGCCCCGAAGGAUGUGAGCGGAGUUGGUCUCCGCAGCGCAGCCUCACUCGAACGUUCCCCUUCCCCACCGCAACCCGCCCACCUGCCCAAUGGGCGGCGAUCGCGAGCAGGUCUCGAAUACAACAAGACCGAUGGUGAUUAUGACGAGGAUGACGUGGAAGUCGCCAGAGCAGUUCGUUCAACACCUCAAAUGACUGUUACUCCCCCUGAUACAUCUCCAGCAGACCAGCGCGUCCGGCUCGACAACCUCGGUUCGUCCCACACGGUAGUUGGCGACCCAGGCCGCUGGAGUUGGACCAACUCCCAAGCACCCUCUACGCCACGCAUUCCCGCUCCCUCUCCCCAGGGGUCCGUGUCCAACAUCCGCGCCGUAGCAGCCUGGUUCCGAGGUGGCGGUCGCAGCACCAACGACAACGAGAAGAACUUUUCCUUACCUGACAGGGGAGGCAGCAAACCGCUGCUGAAGAAUCACGCUCAGCGACCGGUCCUGGCUCCGACGCAGUUCGUCCAGCAAGAAGUUCCAUCACCGGCCCGGCCGCGUGUGUCCGAUGUGUUCAGAUCUAGUAUACCGAGCACGCCCACAACGGCCUCGAGCUCGAGCAGAGAGGGAGGAGUCACGUUGAGCGGCGAUAGGAGGUUGACCUAG